AUGGAACAAAGGGCAGGGAUUUUGUACCUUGUUCAUUCCAGUUUGUCGCUUAAGAAGUCAGUUACUUUGAAGGUCCAAAAAGCUUUUGCAUUAUCAACAUCCGGAAAGCUAGUUGCUUGUGCCUGCAACAAUGGAGCAGUCCAAUUAUUUACCCCCAUGUCUCUAGAAUACCUAGGCAACAUAUUAUAUUCAGAGGAAACAGCUAUUGAACAGGAUUUUCAAAAGCUGCUUGCUCUGCCUGAUGCUGUUGCAUGUCAGUUUUCAGGCUUAGAAAAGCUUGUGGUCAUUUAUGGAGAUCAUAGUCUCUACAUCUGGGACAUCCAUGAUGUGAAUCAGCCUGCCAGAUGUUUUGUGCUAGUUUCACAUUCCUCAUGCAUAUGGGAUAUCAAGAAUCUAUGCUGUGAAAACAUCCAUGAUCCGUCCCUAGCAUGCACUGCUCGAGGUUGCUUUGGGGGAGUUUCUUUUGCAACAUGCUCUGCUGAUGGUACAAUUAGGCUGUGGGAUCUCUCUUUGCAAUCUGAUUUAUCAAAAGAUGCUGAAGAGCGUGAUUCAUCGAAGAUGGAACUAUUGAGCUCUUCAUACCUAGUAAGUGCAGGAACUUUUGAACGGGAUGCAGUUAAGGCAAAUCUUUCAAAAUCAGGAUUUCGGUCACUCGCUGUUAGUUCAGAUGGAAAGCAUCUAGCUGCUGGUGAUUGCAGAGGAAAUCUCCAUAUAUAUAACCUCCAAACUUCAGAUUACACAUGUUUUCAGGGUGCUCAUGAUGCAGAGAUUCUUACAUUAAGCUUUAGCCAGGACAUGUCUGAUGACAUUGCAAAAAACAGCUACUUUCUUGCUUCUGGGGGACGAGAUUGCAUAAUCCAUCUGUAUGAUGUGGACAGAAACUUUGAUCUCAUUGGCAGCAUCGAUGAUCAUUCAGCUGCAGUGACAUCUGUGAAUAUUACCAGCAACAGUUGCAGGAUCCUCAGUUGUAGUGCGGAUAGUUUCCUAGUUCUCCAUGAUGUAGUGCAAGCAGAAAAUGGUCAUAACAUUUUACAGCAACAUCGUCAAAAGGCUUCAAAAUUUGGAACUGUUUAUGACAUGGCUGUGGAUUGGACAUGUGAGAAUGUUGUCACAGUUGGGCAGGAUAAGAAGAUAAAGAUUUUUAACACAGCUUCUCAGAAGCUAAUUCGGUCGUACACUCAUGACAAAACUUUUGGAGAACCUAUAAAGGUUAUAAUGGAUCCAAGCUGCACUUAUGUUGUGUGCUCGUUCUCUAACAAGUCCAUCUGCAUAUAUGACUUCAACACUGGAGAGAUAGUUUACGCUUAUAUACAGUAG